AUGUGUUGUGAAACAAUUCGGUCAAAUUUGAGGCCCGUCAACAGUGGCCAUCCAUUAUAUGAGCUUGCCAUGUUGUGGGUUCUCGGUCAGGUUUGGGUCUUCACUUACACAUGGCAAACAGUAACUGACGGUCAACAGGUCGCAUACGAUGCGCGCAAGGGUAGAUUAGAUAAUGGUCCAUCCGGGGCCUCAAGCCUGUGCAUUAGAGCGGCCGAGCACUGUUCUCCCGGUUGA